UUUCGUGUGUGUGUUAACUUACAAGAUGUUUUGUUCAUAUAAAAUAAACUCGAUAAGUGCUAAUGUGAUUCUAAGAAAUAUGUGUCGCCUGUGUGAACUUCAAUACCAUUUAACAUUCAACCCGGCUUAAAUUCAAGGAGAUUCAAGCGAUAUUGUCAGAAAUGGCUGUAUUUUUUAAACGGUGUUUAUUUUUAACGGUUAUAUUUUGGUGGAAAGUAACUAAUUUGGCCUCAAUUUGUCUGGAUAGUUGUGUGUGUACUUCCAACACAACUUUAUGUCAACAAUGUUCGUAUAACAUCACGUUGAAGGAAUACACAGAGGUGCAUCAUCAGCUGUCUGUGUGCUGCAAUGAGGAGACGCCAGUGUUAUGGUCUCAAGAGUAUGCCAAUAAAACAAUAGCCCAAGUAACCGCACAUUUUGCUACAACAUGUAAUGCGAGUAUUGUUUACUUCGACAUUCCACUACUAGACACGUAUUCGCUACAAAUAAGAAAUAACAGUUUUAUUCAAAUAAGGAUAAAUGUAAGAAGACAGAACUUGAGAGAAAUUGAUUUAUCCUCCAAUAACUUGCAAUACGUUACCAAGGGAGUCUUUAAUAACUUCCUGAAUCUCCGGAAACUUAUUUUAAGCAGAAAUAAAAUUAUUAAUAUAUUUGAAGAGAGUUUCAAUGGAUUGACGAAAUUAGAAACUUUGGACUUGUCAGAAAAUAAUUUGACUAUAUUGACGAACGUGUUUACACCACUGAAAAAUCUUCAGCAUCUCAACUUGAGUAGAAAUAACCUCGAGUUUAUUCAUGAGAAUUAUUUUAAUAAUUGGUUAUUGCAACACUUAGAUGUAUCUCACAAUAACUUAAGGAAAUUAGCGCCUGGUGCUUUACAAUUACUACCAAAUCUGGCGCGAUUGCUACUCACGGAUAAUCCGCAUCUCGGCAUCACACAAUUGGAUACACAAUUAUUGGUUGGCACCGGCCGGCGGCUGCAACAAAUAGAUGCGUCAAGAACAGGCCUGCACCAAGUCCCUGAAGCAUUUACACAUUCAGUACGGUUUCUGUCGCUCGUCGGGAACAGAAUAUCAAGCGUCAGGUGCGGGGAUUUCGAUAGUUAUCCUUUACUGCAGUCACUAGAUUUUUCAGAAAAUAAAGUAGUUUCUGUAGAAGAUGAUUCACUCGGUAGAUUGGAGAUGCUUCUGUUCUUGAACAUAAAUAAAAACCUCCUCACAACAGUUCCAAGAUCGUUACCAGAUGAAUUAAAGUAUUUAUCGAUUAAUAACAAUCUCAUCAGGAAUUUGUCAAUACCCGAUUUGAAGAACUUGCCCAAUUUGAGAAUUUUAUUGUUACAAAACAACGACAUACAUUACAUUCAAGAUCAUGUUUUUGACGACUUGCUUUCGCUGGAAAUGCUAGAUUUGUCUAACAACCCGAUACAAACAUUGUCGUGGAGUACAUUCGAUGGGCCACUAUCGCUUCGAGAUUUAAGACUUUGUUACUUAAACUUAUCAGUGCCAGAACGAGAUGGCUCGUUUCCAAUGUCGUCGCCGGAGAGCGUUCAAAUGUUACAUCUGCAGUCCAGUCCCGGCCUGGCCCGGCAAUUGCUCGCUGACUCCGCGGCUUUAGCUGCCUUCUCACAUUUACAAUACCUAGACUUGAGAAUGAAUAAUUUAUCGGAGAUCAGAAAUGAUUUGUUAUUUUACUUGGCCCAACUUAAAACUUUGAGAUUGCAUGGCAACAAUAUAAAUUGUAGCGCAGAAUUAUGGUUAAAAGACUGGAUGAACUGGAACAAGAGUUUGUCCAACAGUGAAACUUGUUACUAUUCCACUUCCGAAGCUAAAGUUGAGAUAACCAAAUAUAAUUGUACAUUUCCCGAAACGUUUACUAUAAGUGACAGUCUUCCUCCAGUCAACCUGUACAGUACUGAAAUGAUAAAUAAGUUGUUGAGAUACUACGGAUAUCUGAACAAUAAAACCGAAAAAUCUAAUAAAUACGGGAACAGUAAAAACAAACACGAAUAUAAACACGAGAUCAUGAAAAUCAAAAACUUGAAAUCUCCUCCGCAGUUUAAAAAUACAACCGUAAAGAACACCGAUAAACGAGAUAACUUUUCCGAAUUAGUAAAAGGAAUUGAAAGAAAUGAAAACAAAAUUUCCAUAAACGACUACAUAAAUGAAACAACUAUUGUCAAAGCAAGGGAGUCCUCUAAAAUUUUGGAUCAAAAUAAGCUCCAAAACGAUCAGCUUAAUAUUGAUCAUAGAUUUUUAGACAUAGAACCGUAUUUCUCAGUGCCAACUCGUUAUUAUAAAAAAGAUCCUAAAGAUGAUGACAACCAAAUUUAUCAAAAGAAUAGAUCAGGAAAGCGUUUAAACACGCCACUGAAUAUAACUAAAAAACUUGAAAGCAUAGUCCUUGAGUCCAAAUCGAGUCUCGUUUUAAGUAAGAAUUUCAGCGAGUCGGAAAAUGUGACCGUACAAGAGUUGGAGACUGCACAACCAAAAUACAAAAUUGAAUAUUCGCCGUAUCAGUCGGCCGAUAAAAGUUAUGCCCAGUACAUAGGCACAGUCGCAGUAAUUGGGCUAAUAGUGAUGUCCUUGAUACUAUGGCUGAGUUUCCGCCUAAGGUACAGAAGAAGAAACGUGCCCGUUGUCAACACGGAGGCCGAGGACCAAAUAGAGGUGUCGAAUAUCUCCGGAGGGGUGUUGUGGUGACACCUGCGGGCAGCCGACCCCACGCCCUUCGAAUACGAUUCUCUCCUAACGUAGAACUCA